GGUGCCAGCGUUUUCUCCUCUGCCCGAACCCACCCGCUCCAGUCCGGGAGCCGGCAUCCUGGGCGCAGUACCCAGGGCCCCGAGACGCGACGACGCCUUCCUUGCCUGGCCGCUCUGCCUCAUGGCCUCCUUGGCUUGGUUCUGCACCUGCUUUCCCGAUGGGGCGAAACGAGGCAAAGGAGCGCGCGGAGAGGCUGAGGGGCAGGAAGACGCCUGGCAACAACGCCGCGCCCUUCGGGGCUCGCUCGCGUCCUCCCGGGCACGAGUCUCCGCUUUGCGGGCAGCCUUCUGGGAAGGGGCUCUGGCGGCCGAAACGGGACGAGGAGGGUUCGCUUGUUUAAAGGGGGCAAGGGGCGACGGCUGUAGCUGGGAUGUGUUUGCUACUUUUCAACCAGCACACGUCGCCAUACCAAAUUUUAUACGGAUCCAGUGGAAGCGGUAAAAGACGUCCCUGAUGGUGCAACAGUACUGGUUGGUGGUUUUGGGUUAUGUGGAAUUCCAGAGAAUCUUAUAGGAGCUUUGCUAAAGACUGGAGUAAAAGGACUAACUGCAGUCAGCAACAAUGCAGGGGUUGACAACUUUGGUUUGGGCCUUUUACUUCGAUCCAAGCAGAUAAAACGCAUGAUUUCUUCGUAUGUGGGUGAAAAUGCAGAAUUUGAACGACAGUAUUUAUCUGGUGAAUUAGAAGUAGAGCUGACACCUCAGGGCACGCUUGCAGAGAGGAUUCGUGCAGGUGGGGCUGGAGUGCCUGCAUUUUACACCAGCACAGGGUAUGGGACCCUGGUGCAAGAAGGAGGGUCACCGAUCAAAUACAGCAAAGACGGCAGCAUUGCCAUUGCCAGUAAGCCAAGAGAGGUGAGGGAGUUUAAUGGUCAGCAUUUUAUUUUGGAGGAAGCAAUCACAGGGGAUUUCGCUUUGGUGAAAGCCUGGAAGGCAGACCGAGCAGGAAAUGUGAUUUUCAGGAAAAGUGCAAGGAAUUUCAACUUGCCGAUGUGCAAAGCUGCAGAAACCACAGUGGUGGAGGUUGAAGAAAUUGUGGAUAUUGGAUCAUUUGCCCCAGAAGACAUUCAUAUUCCUAAGAUUUAUGUACAUCGCCUUAUAAAGGGAGAAAAAUAUGAGAAAAGAAUUGAGCGUUUAUCAAUCCGGAAAGAGGAAGAUGUAAAAACCACAUCUGGUAAACCUGGAGAUAAUGUAAGGGAACGUAUCAUCAAGCGGGCAGCUCUUGAAUUUGAGGAUGGCAUGUAUGCUAAUUUGGGCAUAGGAAUACCGCUUCUGGCCAGCAACUUUAUCAGCCCCAGUAUGACUGUCCAUCUGCAAAGUGAAAAUGGAGUCCUGGGUUUGGGUCCUUACCCAUUAGAAAAUGAAGUUGAUGCAGAUCUAAUCAAUGCAGGCAAGGAAACAGUUACUGUUCUUCCAGGAGCCUCUUAUUUCUCCAGCGAUGAAUCAUUUGCGAUGAUUAGAGGGGGACAUGUCAAUCUCACAAUGCUAGGAGCCAUGCAGGUUUCCAAAUAUGGUGACCUGGCUAACUGGAUGAUACCAGGGAAGAUGGUGAAAGGAAUGGGAGGGGCUAUGGAUCUAGUGUCCAGUGCCAAAACCAAAGUGGUGGUCACCAUGGAGCACUCUGCAAAGGGAAAUGCACAUAAAAUCAUGGAGAAAUGUACAUUACCACUGACAGGAAAACAAUGUGUCAACCGCAUCAUUACUGAAAAGGCUGUAUUUGACGUGGACAACAAGAAAGGCCUGACUCUGAUUGAACUCUGGGAAGGCCUGACGGUGGAUGACAUAAAAAAGAUCACUGGGUGCGAUUUCGCAGUUUCACCAAAACUCAUACCAAUGCAGCAGAUCGCAGCUUGAAAUGUGGAGUAGACUUUUGUCCCAAGCUGUGUGUUUUUCAUUUUAACCACAUAGGAUUUUAUUAAAAGGACAUCAGUAAUCAUAACUGUAUAUCUAACAAGCAGUUUUUGACUAGUUUUCUAGCAUCUUAAUGCUUUAUACAGCCAUGUAGACUUUGUUCUCUCAAGCGUACUGUGACAUUUUAAUGAAAAACAAAAAGAAAAAAAAUAUGAUUAUCUUACUUGCUUUAUAAGUGCUGAGAAGGUCAUAUUUACAGUUGGUACUCACAUUGGGUUUAUCUUCAUCUUCUGUGGUAUGUACAUUAAAUUGUGUGCAGUUUGUACCAAGAUGGGCCCUUACUUAGGAAGAGUUUCAUUGGUGUACUUUCCCUCCUAACUAAAUCAUGGCACGUACAAAAAAAAGAAUGAGGGAGAAAAUGAACUCCACCCAGAGUAUACCCAGGGGAGCAUCGUACGAGUCCUGAAAGAUAACAUUUGUGUGAAUUUUAAUCAGGAGAAAUGCUGUCUUAAGGAUUAUGAUUUUCCUUCGGCCUCCUCUGUCUUUUUUUUUUGGAACCUCUGAUUUUGUGAUUACAUCUUGCUUCCCUAGAGCAUCCCUUCUCCCACCCCCUGCCCCCUAACCCCCCCCCCCCACUUUUUGUAACUAAGUAGAUGCCCAAGAAGGCAAACAGGAACAUCUCUGUGUGGGAGAAGUAACCUGGUUUGUGGGAGAGACCGAAGGGUAUAGGGUCUAUUGGUGCUGACAUCCAACCAAGCAGUUGCCUUUAUAAACAAACCAAAUAACCAUCUGUGCUUUGCCAAAGAUUAAAGUCGCUUUUAGCAAGAGGACUAUAAGCCUAACUGACCUAGUCGGUUUUCUCAUUUUCAAACAGUGCAGUAUCCGUGUGUAUCCAGAAGGACCAUUAAGAGUCUUUCUCUAUGUUACUGUGGGCUUCUUAUACAAUACCUCCUCUUAGACCAAAAGGGGCUGUGUGGUAAUUCAUCGUGAACCCAUAGUUAACAGUGACAGCAGAGUUAAAAAAAUCCUUUCUUUUCAGGGCCUCUUUUUUCUGCUCAGAAAAGUUUCUAAAUGUUGAAUGCCUCUUUCUGCAGAACAGUGUUAUUUCUUCUGCCCAGGCUUGUUCCUUGAACAAAGUACUUUUAGUUCAGCUUUAUCAAACUAAGGGAAAUACUGAGGAGCAAAUCCAGGAUGUGAAAGGCAGUGAACUUCAUUCUUAGAAAAUAAACACGAUGGAUUAGGUUUCGUAAGGACCUUCUCCUCAGAGGUAUCCUCAGUGUCAGACAGUUCCCCAGGGAGUAUACCAAGCACCCUGCGUAUCAAACGGGAGAAAAGUCCAGGCACCCUGAAGACGGGCCAGAUUGCUGUCCUCUGGACAGAGGUAGGCAUAGUACAGUGCGAUAUACCGUUCCUCUCAUACCAGAUAUAGGAAUUUAUGCAUGUUUUUAGCUGAUGGCUGUCAUUGAAAUUCACUUUCUCUUCAGGUAUAGCUACAGUUCUGUCAUUUCAGAGGAAGGAGAGGGUUUUUUUGUGAGAAGCACACUCCGUAUAUAAAAUGGUCCCUCUGGCUGGCUGCGUGGUUGGAAGCAUACUCUCCCAGUACUGGUAAAAUGGACUUUUUAAAGAAUUUGCAAGGUCUGGAGAAAUGAUAUACGUCCAUGUGAGAGUUACGGUUUGGGAAACGUGUGAUAUUGAUGGUUGCUGUAUUUGUAAACUUACUUAUUCUGUGAUUCUAAGAAUGUUCUUCACUUUGAGGGGCAGAUCCUAAGUAGAUGGCUUUAUAUUCUUGAUUAAAGAGUACCAUGGACGUUAAGAAAUGCAUUAAGAUGUGCAAUAAGUAUUCCAAAUUGAUAUAGAUUGGUGUGAUUGUCCUUUUUCUCAUUUGGGAAUGGCACGCCUAAACAUGGGAAUAAGACAACAGAGAUCGGUGGAAUAGCCAAUAAUAAAGUUAGCACACUGUACCACUUCUAA